GGAGGAAAUUGGUAUUGAAAUGAAAAGGAGUUUAAACUUCUGUUUUGUCUGUAAUAUUGGGAUUUUUGUUUCAAGAACUUAAAAGAAUUCGAAAUUAUGGAUACAAAAUUAAUCGAAGAGAUAAAAAACCUGCUGAAAGAUGUUGAGAAUUUCUUGACGUUCACACUCAAAAGUGCUUCUUUGAGUAAAGAUAACACCACAAAAAAGAUUCAGUUGGUGAAUUCAGUAAAAAAUGUCAUCCAAAAACUUACUCCCACCGAAGAUGAGCCUCAAGAAAACUAUGAUGAUGUUGACAUACCCAAUGUCGAGCCAAUUCCAGAUGAUUGUGACGAACUUUACGAAGUUACCGAAGCACUUCCACCUGAAGCAGACACUGUUAGUAAAAAAAGUCAAGACGAGAAAUAUGAAGAUGGAGAUGAUCCCUAUGGUUACGGUUCCUCCGGAGCAAAGAUUGAACCAAUUGCAGCGGAGAAAGUAUUCAUGCCAUCAAUGACUGGUAACUUGGAGAAGAAAAGUAAACACCUGAUUGGAAAAUCUUGGCAAACACGCUACUGUUUAAUCAAAGACAAUGUGUUUUACUACUACAAGAAGAGGUCAGCCAGCGAGCAACAAGGCAACAUUGUGUUAAAUGGUUACGAAGGACGACCUUGUCCCCACUUAGAGAGUGGCAAGAAGAAGGACUGCACUUUUGAACUUGUUUGUCCAACUAAACGAUCAUUUCAGUUUAUUGCUCCAGACAUCGCCACAAUGAAUUCAUGGAUUGAAGCUGUACAGAAAGCGAGUAAAAUACCAUUCCCAACAAGUGAAAAUACAGAAAAGGUGCUACCUGAUGAUUGUGAUGCCCUCUACGAGGAUACUGCAGUUGAAGAACCAGAUGCAAUGUAUGAUGAUACAGAUAUCAAAACUCAUGAUCAGGAACCUGAAGAUUUUGAUGAUGUUUAUGAAUUAGUCGAAUCUGAUUAUGCAGACGCAAGAAGGAAAGCAGCAGAAGAAGAGUCUAAGACAGCUCGACCGAUGGUACUACCAGCUAUACCUCUUCCAGCCAAACCGGCUGGUAACCCAGAACCUGAAGAAGAUUUUGGUGGACUUUACGAUGAUGUAUCUAUCGAACCCCCACCACCCACAGUACCGAAAAAAGAUCCCCCAUCCAAUAAGCCCCUUCCUCAACUACCUGGCCAAAUACUAUCCCCAGCCCAGAAGAAACCUUUACCAAGUCUUCCAAGCCCCGCAGUUCCCGCUAAGAGUCCUGUCACUGACAGCUCCGUUACCCAGCCUUCAGAUAUUGCAUCCCCAACUAGUACACCCGCGAAAGAACAAACAAAUGGAGAUGUUACCCCUGAACCGUGGGAGGAAGACUACAAUAAUAUUUACAUGAGUAAGUGGAAUUGUGAAUCGGGUUCUGACAAUGAGUUAGCACUUAGCAGAGGGGAUCUGGUGCAUAUUUUGAGUCGGGAGUAUGACAGUUAUGGCUGGUGGGUUGGAGAAAAGAACUUCAAGGUCGGACUUGUUCCAAUUGAUUACCUCAUGAAGGCUUACAGAAUCUAAAUGAAAUAAUAUAUAUAUAUAUAUU